AUGUCUCCGCAUGCCCCGGCCACGAUGCACGCUCCCCAGAACACUGCACAGCUUAGGGAGCUGCUCAGCAAUGAUAACAAGGUCAAGGUUGCCGUGGAUGGCGUCUUGAGAGGCAAAUUCAUGUCAAAGGAGAAGUUCUUGAGCGCAGCCUCAUCCGACGGCUUUGGCUUCUGCAGUGUUAUUUUUGGAUGGGACAUGCACGAUACAGUCUACUCGCGAGAGCUGCUCAUCUCGAAUAGAGCGAAUGGCUAUCGCGACCUGCUGGCUUCUAUAGACCUCUCCACAUACCGCCGUAUUCCCUGGGAGCACAACGUUCCUUUCUUCCUUGUUUCCUUCCUCGACCCGGAUACCAAGGAGCCAAUAUGUGCUGAUCCUCGGGGCGUGCUGAGGAAGGUAGUUGAACGCGCCGAUGAGAAGGGCUGGCAAUGCUUUGCUGGCUGCGAGUACGAGUAUUUCCAAUUUAAAGAGACCCCACAUAGUUUGGCAGAGAAGAACUACAUGAACCUUCAGCCGUUGACUCCCGGAAUGCACGGCUACUCACUACUCCGCACCCAAAUCAACAAUGAGUACUUCAACGACCUCUUCGACGAAGCCCUUAAGUUCCAAGUACCCUUAGAAGGCCACCAUACUGAGACCGGGCCAGGCGUCUAUGAGACAGCUUUAACAUACACGAACGCUCUGCGGAUGGCAGACAAUGCAAUCCUAUUCAAGUUCCUCGCGAAGAGUAUUGGCAUGAAGCGGGGAGUCGUCCCUAGCUUCAUGGCAAAGCCAUGGGGAAAUCUUCCGGGCUGCAGCGGUCACAUUCAUGUAUCGUUACGCGACAAGGAUGGGAAGAGCUUGUUCGCCGUCUCCGAAGCGGAGCUGGAGAAUGGUGGCAGAGAAGGUGCUGCAUACGACGAUACAAGGUACCUCAGCCAAGAAGGCGAGUGGUUCCUAGCCGGUAUACUGGACGGACUUUCGGAUGUCAUGCCCAUGCUUGUGCCAACCAUCAAUGGUUACAAGCGGCUCGUCGGCGGCGAGGCAUUCUGGGCACCGAACGCGGUCACAUACGGGUACGAUUCGCGCGCGGCGUCCGUGCGCAUUAUCUCGCCGCCCUCCGUCCCACCCGCUGCGACGCGCUUAGAGGUCCGCGUGCCCGGCGCGGACAUGAAUCCGUAUUUUGCAAUGAGCGCGAUCUUUGCGCUGGGUAUUCGUGGGGUCGAGAAGAAGCUGGAACUUCCCGGGCCUCCGGUUGGGCAGUUGACGGCGGAGGAUAAGAGAAAUGGGAAGGUCCAGAUGCUCCCGCAAACCCUAGAAUCCGCAACGAAGCGCAUGAUGCGCCCGGAAAGCGUUGCGCGCGCUGAGAUCGUUUUCGGACACGACUUCGUCGAGCACUUUGGCGGGACGCGCGAGCAUGAGGUCAAGCUGUGGAACGAGGCGGUGACGAAUUGGGAAGUGGAGAGAUAUCUCGAAUUGGCCUGA